ACAAACAUGCACACUGGACCGGACACAGUGAGGCGGAUCUAAACUCUCUCAGUCUGAGAGAAGACGCACUAAUCCCAGCGUUUUGAGACAGACGCUGUGACUCUCCCUCCCUCCCUCUCCCUCUCUCUCUCUCUCUGUCUCUCUGGAGCGAGGGCAGCGGGUUGAAAAGAAGCGGCUAUUAAUAGCCCAGUGGCGGACGGAGGGAUGAACGACAAAAGGAAGGCGAGAAUGAAGUGAAAAAACUCUUUCUGAAAACUCUCCGUCCACCUUAAACCUCAUUGAAACCCUGCCUGGACGCCAGCAAUGGACUUUUUUCACCCUCUAGUCUGGACGCCAAGCUCAGACUAGAAAAGAUUGCUCUGUUUUUGGACGUCCCACUUCGGCUGCCAGGUCUUUCCCCUUUGGCACAACUCCCUCUGGUGCUUUCUCGGUUUUCUUUUCAUCCCGCUCUCUUUUUUUUGUCCUCCCCCACUUUAUUGCACUCUUGCUACCAUAUUAGUGCCGAGACUGAGCUGUAGGAACUUUUACUGGAUUUUCUCCGCGAUGGAAUGUCGUCUAUUGGCUGCAGAAAUUGAGGAGACCUCUCUUGUCCUGGGUGUUGAGUGUUGUCUGGCUCCACCAGCUCCGCUUUUGGACCACCAGUGGGAAAGAUUGGGACAUUUAAACCCGUUUCGGCCUCUCUAGAGCUUCACAAGCGCAGAAACCUCAGGAUGAGACGCUUUAACAAGCUCAAAAAGACGUUCCCUUUCCUCGCACACUUCCAUGUGUACAGAAAGCUGGGCAGCAGUAUGCAGUGUGAUGAAGGCACAGAGUGGCUGCUGGAGCUGCUGAUGGAGGUCCAGCUGCAGCAGUACUUCCUGCGGAUCCGCGAUGACCUCAACGUCACACGCCUCUCGCACUUCGACUACGUGAAGAACGAGGAUCUGGAGAAGAUCGGCAUGGGUCGGCCCGGGCAGAGAAGGCUGUGGGAGGCAGUAAAGAGGAGGAAAGCGAUGUGCAAGCGCAAGUCCUGGAUGAGUAAGGUGUUCAGUGGGAAGAGGCCAGAUGGAGAUUUCCAGCCUCAGCCGGCCAGCACCUUCCGGAAACUGUCCCCGACGCCCCCCGCGGAUGGCCAACCGCAGGCCCUCACCUGCCUGAUCAGUGAGAAGGAGCUGGAGCUGUGCGAGAAACUGGGCGAUGGAUCCUUCGGCGUGGUGAAGAGAGGAGAGUGGUUCACCCCCACCGGAAAAGUGCUGAAUGUGGCAGUAAAGUGUCUGAAGACGGACGUGCUGAGCCAGCCGGACGCUCUGGAUGACUUCAUCCGUGAGGUCAACGCCAUGCACUCUCUGGACCACCAGAACCUGAUCCGCCUUUACGGAGUCGUCCUCACGCACCCCAUGAAGAUGGUGACUGAAUUGGCUCCUCUCGGGUCUCUGUUGGACCGUUUGAGGAAGAAUCAGGGUCACUUCCUCAUCUCCAUUCUGUGUCAGUACGCCAUUCAGAUAGCCAAUGGUAUGGCCUACCUGGAGUCCAAGCGCUUCAUCCACCGCGACCUGGCGGCCAGGAACAUCCUGCUGGCCUCCAGCGAGCUGGUCAAGAUCGGAGACUUCGGCCUGAUGAGGGCGCUGCCCAAAAACGACGACCAUUACGUCAUGCAGGAGCACCGCAAAGUCCCGUUCGCCUGGUGUGCCCCAGAGAGUCUGAAAACCCGCACUUUUUCCCACGCCACAGACACAUGGAUGUUUGGUGUGACCUUAUGGGAGAUGUACACUUAUGGACAGGAGCCAUGGUUGGGCCUCAAUGGCAGUCAGAUCCUCCAUAAAAUUGAUAAGGAGGGGGAGCGGCUGCCCAAGCCGGAGGACUGUCCUCAGGACAUCUAUAACGUGGUGAUGCAGUGCUGGGCACAGAAACCGGACGACAGGCCGACGUUCAUGGCCCUGAGGGAGUUCCUGGUGGAAACCAUGCCCACCGACAUGAGGGCCUUACAGGACUUUGACGAGCCAGACAAACUGCACAUCCAGAUGAACGACGUCAUCACCAUCAUUGAGGGCAGGGCAGAGAACUACUGGUGGCGAGGGCAGAAUAAGAGCACUCUAAAGGUCGGUCAGUUUCCCAGGAACACAGUUACCUCUGUAGCUGGCCUGUCAGCUCAUGACAUCAGCCGGCCGCUGAAGAACAGCUUCAUCCACACGGGCCAUGGAGACACUAAUCCACACCGCUGCUGGGGCUUCCCGGACAGAAUCGACGAUCUGUAUCUGGGGAACCCCAUGGACCCUCCGGAUGUUCUGGGGCUGGAUCUAAACGUUCCUAGACCCACCCAGCUUCCUGGACGAGCCAAAAAGGAGCCUCCCCCUCGACCCCCUCAGCCGGCUUUGCUCUUCAAGAAGCCAACCUACGACCCUGUUACUGAAGACGAAGACCCAAGUUCCUCUGCCCUGAGACGUCUCUCUUUAAAGAAGGCCAGCAUGAAAGGCCUCAAACUCAAGCCAUCCGCUUGGGUUUCAGCCACCAGGCCUGUUUAUGGCUUCCGGACUCCAGGAGGUGGGACCCCAACUGAGGUUUCCCUCAUAGACUUUGGAGAGGAAGUACCCUCAGCUACCCCUUCCCCCUCCCCUGUGGUGGAGACUCACGUUCCUACUCUUGCCAAACUCUCUCUGGAUGCGGAGAACCUUCUGGACGGAACUCCGCCCCAGAGCCCCUCCCAAACUCUGCCCCGCCCACUCCACCCCACCCCAGUAGUAGACUGGGACUCCAGGCCCCUCCCUCCUCCCCCAGCAUACGACGAUGUAGCACAAGACGAAGAUGACAUUGAGGUCAGCUCAAUCAACAGUGCCGAACCUGGCUCUCCUCGGGCACUUUGCACUCCCACAGAUGAGGAUAAGCCUCACAUAGAGGACAAUCUUUUUUUGCCCAGAGGGCAAAGCCGUGCCAGAACCUUCUCCCAGUCGGCUGAGAUCUUCCAGGAGCUACAGCAGGAGUGCAUGAGGCGCCUCAAUGUUCCAAACCCUGAACUUUAUCGCCAGAUUGUCCUCAAUACGUCCGAGGACAAACCCCAAAUUCCGCCCCGUAUCCCAAUUCCUCCCAGACCCCCAAAAAGCACAGGUGCGGAAUAUGCCCGCUGGUCAGGCGAACUUUCUCCAGUCUCUGGGGGUGAAGAGGACACAGUACGUCCACCUCAAAUCCCUCCGCGAGACCCCCUCUCUCAGCCUGGCUCUCGCACCCCCAGUCCAAUGGGACUCUACGUCGGCAGCCACUGCUCUCCAGCCUCCAUCUACGGCUCUUCCUACCUCUCCACAUCUCCUGGUAAGCUCAUGCCUACCACCCAAAGCUUCGCCUCGGACCCCAAAUACGCCGCCCCCAAAGUCAUCCAGGCGCAAGGCAAGGACAAAGAAGCGACCAAAGGACCUUGCAUUCUGCCUAUAGUCCGAGACGGCAAAAAAGUCAGCAACACGCACUACUACCUCCUGCCAGAGAGACCACCAUAUCUGGACCGCUAUGACAAGUUCCUCAAAGAGGCGGAGACUGGAGAAGAGAGGCGGAGCCUCAAUACAGCCAUGGUGCGGCCCAUGGUCCAGCAGCAGCAAGGGGAGCCCAAAUCCAACUUCUCCUCCAAUAACAAUAGCAGUCUGAUGGGUUCCUCAGGCAGAGCAGGUGGUAAGAACUCUGUGAGCCUGCCCAGAGUGACCACCGAUGGGUCGAUCAGCAGGGUUGAGGGAGCCUGCACCCCAGACAGAGUCAAAUUGGUGCAGGAGGCGGUGCACGGGGUGACGAUUGAUGAAUGUCAGACGGCCCUGCAGAACCACAGCUGGAACAUACAGAAAGCUGUGCACUAUCUGAAGGUGGAGCAGCUCUUCUGUCUGGGUUUGAAGUCCAGGGUGGAGUGUCAUAAGAUUCUGGAGAUGUGUGACUGGAAUCUGGAGCUGGCCAGCACUCAGCUCUUAGACUCUUACGGCUCGGUCAAACAGAGGCGAUGAGGAAAAAAUGGAGUGUUCUCAUCCUCCGCUCCUCAGAGACUGUACUGACUGAAGAAUGUUCUCCUGUCCAGAGCACAGCGGGACGGAAGGCUCUUCCAGCACAAUAUCUCCAGUCUCCUACACUGAGUGCAUGACUCAUACGUGCGCCCCAUCGCGACUAAUCAAGUUCCUCCAGAAACCCUUCCCAAGGUGCACUACUGAGUUCAGGGUUUUUUUUUUGUUCAUUUUUCCCCCUCCGUUGGAUAGAAAGAGGCGGAAAACAAGGUGCUGCUGGUCCAUUUGAGUUGACUUUUAUUUUUUAUUUCAUAAAGAGCUUUAUUUGAUGAAUAAAAGAGACGAUCAGAUGGAGAACUCUGAGAUCAUGUAUGUGUAGUGUGUGUAUGUGUUCUCUGAUUUGUAUGUUUAUACAGUUGCCUCGGUCGCUUCAGUUGGUCUUUUUCAUUGUUUAUUUUGCUGGUCGACUGCAACAAAGAAAGUUUAUUGAGAUGAUAGAGCUUCGGUGUUGCUUUCUUGCUUUUCAUUUUCCGUCACUGUCCAGAAUAAUUCUGUUUUUCAUCUCAACCUAUUAGCUACUAUUUUAGAAGAAUAGGCUGUUUAUGUUCCUAUGUGAAAAUGUUACUGUGGUGGCACUGAAAAUUGCUGGUAGCACAGCGUUUCCAAGUGCCCUUGAGGUUCUUGGCACCAAGAGCGGAUCCCAUCAUUAAAUCACGUAAGUGUAGAAACACCCAGACUGAACAAGAAGUCACUUUGUGAAGGAGAAACUGAUCUUCCAAGCUUCCCCAGCUGAGAAUGCACUCAGUCCAGUUUCCUUUGGGCUUUCAGCCACGGAUGCACAACAGCACAACUGGGAAAGCUAACCUGGUCCACCAUUUCAGCAAGUUUAAAAUUUUGACAAAACCUGAAAGCACAAUUGCGGUCCUCCACAAGCUAAUGGAGAAGUUCGCUUGUUACUGUUUUUAUCUUAAACUGCAGUCGCUUCUAAUCAAGUCAGAACUAAUCAAUGGCCUUAAUGUACCAGAGUACCAAGAACAUCUGCUGGGAGAAAAGUGCACAAUGUAUACUGUAGCAUAGUUGUUUCAGUGUACAGACUGUUAUAGUUAACAGUAACCUAUACACUACAGAGCAGUAGCUUCAGUUAUUGGUGUCAUUUCAGACCGCGUAAUCCCAAAUAAAAUGCCCAGCUGACCUAUCUAUGUUCUUUCGUAGCUGUUGUGAGAUUGGACAAGCUUAAUACUCAAUUUUUUGUCAAAUUUUUAGUAUGUUAUUAAGUUUAAAUGACUUUUUUCGGAUGCAUAUGAAGGUCAUA